GCAGGUUUCACUUCGCUCCGCGCAGCCUCCAGGUCGUGGUCUUGUGAAACCGCUCCGUCUUGCGUCGCCGCCGCCACCACUGCCACCGGACUCUCACAGUCACCCUGCGCGCCCCAGCCCAACUGCGGCCAGCAUCGCCGCGGGCUGCUCGCUUCGCCCCGCUCCCGCCGCCACCCCCUCGGCGCCCUUUCCCUGGCCCUGGUCCCCCCAAUGUCUGACUCUGACUCUCGGACUGAGAAACGCAAGAAAAAAAGACCAAAUGGCAAAGCAACCUUCAGAUGUAAGUUCUGAGUGUGACAGAGAAGGUGGACAAUUGCAGCCUGCUGAGAGGCCUCCUCAGCUCAGGCCUGGGGCCCCUACCUCUCUACAGACAGAGCAGCAAGGUAAUCCUGAAGGCGAAGGGGACCGCUGCCCCCAAGGCAGCCCUCAGGGCCCGCUGGCCCCACCAGCCAGCCCCGGCCCUUUUGCUACCAGAUCCCCGCUUUUCAUCUUUGUGAGAAGAUCCUCCCUGCUGUCUCGAUCCUCCAGUGGGUAUUUCUCUUUUGACACAGACAGGAGCCCGGCACCCAUGAGUUGUGACAAAUCAACACAAACCCCAAGUCCUCCUUGCCAGGCCUUCAACCAUUACCUCAGUGCAAUGGCUUCCAUGAGGCAGUCUCAGGCUGUACCUGCAGAUAUACGCCCGGAGAUAUGGAUUGCGCAAGAGUUGCGGCGUAUUGGAGACGAAUUUAAUGCAUAUUACCCAAGGAGGGUCUUUUUGAAUAAUUACCAAGCAGCCGAAGCCCACCCCCACAUGAUUAUCUUACGACUGUUACGUUACAUCAUCCGCCUGGUGUGGAGAUUGCAGUGACGACGGGUUCCUUGCGGAGCCAGAUGGGUGCAGACAUUUCGCUUGUUAAAACCAACAGGCCCCAGCACCACGGUGUAAGAGGUGCCAUUGCUAUGCAGCCCGCGGUUCUUUCCCCGAGAGGGCGUGCGGGGAGGCUGGCCGACGUGUUCCUGAGGACGCCGCGCUGCACGUGGACUUGACCUUUCUGUUCACCACAUGGCAGAAUUUCCAAUGGAAGUUUGUUGUGAAUGUAAAUGAGGGAGGAUUCUUUAAAAAAAAAAAUGUACAAAUCAUGGUUCUUUGGAGCAGGAUUUUAUGCAAGAAUGGUGUUUACACGUGGUGUGGGUUUUUUUCCACCUUCUUUAAUAAGAACAGGUUUUUCAAAAAGGAAAUGGAAACUUUUUAACCAACUCGUGAAUGAUUUUUGUACUAAAAUUUUAAGAACCUAUUGUCUACUCUCAGAGGAUUAUGUGUAAACUCUGCAGUGGAAACUGAGCCAGCUAAUUGAUAAAGCUGCCUUAGUUUAUUUUUAGAUUACUGUACAGAAUUUUUAAACGGGAGAGGUAUGAGAUAGCCCCCUCCCUUCCCUGCCAUUGGCUCUUUGACAUGCUUUUUUUUUAAUCAUUAUUAUUAAUACCAAAAAAGUUUUAAACGAAACUGAUUAAAGGGGCAGAAGGUCUGUCAUCAGCCUGUAUUGAUAUGCCACUCCCGUUUUGUAAAUACUUACCUCCUUAAAUUCAGUUGCAUCUGUGGCAAAAUUUUAAAACUCUUUUCGUGUAUUUUUCCUUGUCUCCUUUUGUGAUGCUCCUCUGGUCUGUCUGGAGGCCGAUGCACAGAUUUGGUCCAGUGUAUUCUUAUGAUGAAAGGGAAUUGGGUCAGAACGUGAGUCAGGAUCUGCCUGUGGCAUCCAUGGCCCAGUUGGUCUUGUCUGUCAGUAGUUUCCUCACUGGGAUGUGCAUGAUGUUGGUUUUCACUGGUUUUGAUGGGCUUGUCAUUUACAAGUGUUCUGAAGAAGGACUACCAGUCACAGCACAGACAGGUACUGUGCCCCUCGGUGCUGUGGGCUUCUCUGGUUGCAGACUCUCCCACGGUCACAGGUACACUGUCAGCAGGGGCCGCAGGUGGGGAACAUGUCCCCUCGCAGCUGAGCCCGUUGGGCUGCAGGUGUCGGAGCUCCAGUCCUCGUGGGAAUUGGCACGAGCCGUGGGCGGGGCUUUAGGCAGGGGUUUCCUGGGCAUCGAGGCUUUUCGUCCAACUCCAGGUUCACCUGGCCUUUGAUGCCUGACACUUGGUUCCCACCCGCCCCCCAAAUCCACUUUGAAAGGAAGGAUAAUCUGCCUUCAGCCGUGCCGUAAAAAUACUGCAUUGGAGCCCGAAUCUGAAGUGGCCUCUCAGCCUUCGGACAAAGGUCUGUCUUGUUCCCUUACUCGCGGGACAGGUGGGUGUUGUUGGACCACCCUUGGUGCAUCCACCUCUGUUGGGCGCGCUCUUUUCUUUCUCCACACCUGCCUGGGAGGGGUGCAGCAAAUGGAGGGCCCAUGAGUUGGUCUGACAUUUCAAAGGGAGUUAAACAGUUUGGAGAGACCCGAGAGAGAUCAGGAAGCAGUGAAAGAAGAGAAGUAGAGAUCAUUUCGUGAACCUUAUAACUCUUACAGAUUUUGAAACCUCAGAUUAUUAAAUAGCUUUUUAAAAGAUAAACGUGAUUUUUCAAACGAGUCAGCAGUGCCAACAACUCUUGUUUUGCUUUGGGCCCACAGAGGACCAGUGUUUUCACGUGAUUAAAUCAAGUGGGGAAAUCCAUUCAUUUGUAUCUUGAUAAUUCUAUAUAAAUAUAUAUAUAUAUAUAUCUACAACAUAUACGCAUUUUCCUUUAGGUAGAGAUAUUUGAUUCCAAAUAUUCUUCCUUUCUUAGGAUUUUCUUUUACCCCAAAAUCUUGUUGGGGUCUUGAAUAUUUUUAAAGCUAUGUUGUCAGCUUGUGUUCCUGACGUGUCUCGAACCCCUCUGUAGGGUCAUGAAGUCCACACGGUUGUAAGGCAGUGGUGGACCUGCUGGACACACACACACACACACCAAAGACGUAUUUGGUUCUGGGCGCCUCCCCCCUCCCCUCCCAGGAUCUCCGUACUCAGUGCCAGUCUCUCUGACUGGAGCACUUUACUCUGUUUCUUCAAUACUGCGGCUCCCUGGGAGCGGUGCCCGAGGGCUCUGUGCUGGCGUACCUCUGGCUCAGUGGCUGCCUGGUGUCCAGGCUGGCCGCGGAAGCAGCUUGUGAGGAAAUUAGAGAUUCUAUGAAUUUGUAGUAUUAAGGAGCAGGAUGUUGCACCAGGACUGAAGAGAGAUGACUGGAUGUCUCUGUACUGUAUGUAUCUGUUUAUCACGAUGCCUCCCUGCGGAAGGUAUGCCUACUGUGGUAGACCUUGACUUUUUAGUGUGUAUUUCUUUUACUUUUUGUAGGAAAAAAAAAAAAAAGACUAGAUCCCUUUUUGGAAACUGAAUGCGGGUUUUGUGCCUUGACCACCUCUUCUCCCAUGAGGUUUGUAGAAAGUGUCCUGUGACUUAUCAUAGAAAUGCAAUAAACACAUGCAAAAGAAUCCCAUGAGCAAUUCUUCCAGUUACCUGUACUCCUGCCCAGAAGUGAGUUUGCCAAGAACUGCUCUCGGGGUUGUGGAGGAACCAGGCAAAACUUCCCUCUGAUUAAAAAGAGUGUACACCGUAGAGAAUAACUUUCUCCUAUUUCCCUGUCUUGAUAUUGUAUAUAUUUUGACUAUUUAUUAGAUUAGGAGGUCACAUUUUACUUACCAACUGAGCCAAAUGUCUGUGUGCAAUUGUGUUUCCUUUACCUUUCUUGUAAAAUUUUGUACAGCAUAAAUGAGUAAAGAUCACUGUUUUUACUAAACUUUUUCAGAAUUGAGGAUUGUACAUAUUGUAGAUUCUUUUUCUGUGUAAUGUGUCCUACUGUUUCAUAAUGCUGUAACUUGUAGAAAUAUUGUAUAUUUAUUUCCUGCUUAUUUAAUGUCUUAUGUUCUGAAAAGUGUUGACCUCCGUGCUCCCCGCCCCAUGCUGUACCAUUCAUUGCUUUAACUCUGAGGUGGUGACUGUGAGCCCCACGCUCUUCCCUAGGCUGGCCCUCCAGCUUUGGUUCCUGGUAGUUCUGGUCACGUGGGUUUAAGUUCUUGGGGUUCGCUAUCCUGAUGACGAAGUCUGUGUUGAGCCAUCAGUGAGAGACCAUAAAUGUGGCCGGCCACAAAAUUCUACAAGAAAUAGCCAGCUUCUCGUGGAAGCAAAUUCUAUGAAGGCCAGGCCAUAUCUUUUUAAAAUUUUAUUUUAUUUUAAUGUAUUAUUGGCAGUUGGGACAGAUUUUUCCAUUGAAAAUGUAUCCCUGACAAUUCAGUGUUGAGAGAAAUAAAAAUGGGCCCCUUUUUCGGGGUGCUGCCAGGAGUUGUUCAGGGCAAGAGGAAGGGACAGGUAAGCCAGGUUGCUCCUGCCUUGAGAGGGACGUCAGGAACACCACCUCAUGCCACUUUUUGGCAACUGGUGAGUAGUUGAAUUAUCCCCCACCCGCUGUGUCCUGUGCUUUGAGGUGUGGACUUCAAUGGUCUUCAGGAGCUAAUUGUACAGACCCCCACCCCCAGCCCUGAGCCCUUUGGUCCCUACCUUUGAUCAGCCUGCUUCAGGUUGUCUUCCUUCUGCUUCUCUGUUGGCUUCGAGAGAGGUUGGGGGUCCCACUCGACUGGAUGUUAAGAUGUGAAAGCUCGCAGAAGCUUUAGAGAGACCUCCUAGUGGCCCCAUGUCAGUAGAUGGUUCUGGCAUCCCUGCUGAUUUAGCCUGGUGCCUGUGUGGUCCACUCCCCGCUCACGUGGGUGCAGGGAUGGGUCCACACGUGACGCUAAACCAGCAGAGGGGACUCCUGCUCCCAAUGGCAUUGUAUUCAAGAAGCAUCCUCAAGCUCCCAGCUAGGUAACUUGACUACUUUUAUUUGGGAAUCAGACUUUAGAAGCUCUCCGAAGUUGUAUGUGCAGGUUCUGUGACCACUAGUUACUGUAUCAGAACUCAUCAGGUACACAUUUAUAAAUAGCACUGAUCUGUCUGUAUACGGACCGUCACUAACUUGUUUCCUAGGACCCAGCGUAUGUAGCAUUUGUAUUGCGAUUUCCCUGGCUUACUUGUGUUUUGCACUGAUGAAUUUUGACAGGGUAAUUGCCACUUUACUUGUGCAAUACUGCUGUAAAUAACUGCAGAUUUUUUUUUAAGAAACUUAAUCUUUUAUGUUCUUAAUGAAGUUUAUAUAAAUAAAACUUUCAACUAGU